UAAAUGCUACGCUACUGGUGGGGAGACCCCACCGCCUUUCAUCUCGAAAACGUGAAAGUGAUUUUGUUAUUAUACAACAUCAAGUCUUUGUGCAUUAACAAAUGUUAUGUAAAUUUAAAAUCAAACUAAAAUUUAAUUUAAGUUAGAGAUCGCGGUACUUUAAAACGUUGACAUUUUUUACCAGUGCGGUGCGCAACAAGGCUUGACAGGCAAUCAAUUGAACCCAAUCUCCCGCCCAAAUUUCAAAAUGGACAAUAAACAAGUUACACUAAGCGUCGACCUACUCAAGGAACGACAGAAAUGUACAUUUAAUACAUUGGAACUAACUUAUUUAUUGGAUGGCGGACCAGAGCGCACCAAAGAGCGCAGGGAAAGAGAGUCAUAUUUCUUGGACGACCCAGAACUAAAAAGUAGUAUUCCAACAGAGUAUUUAAGCCAUAAAGAAAAAUAUGAGGAGGCUAUACGAGUGUCAUGUUUAAUAUUUAGGAAAGUUCUCCAUCUGCAAGAGGAAGGCAAGGUUGGCAUCGAGAAUUUUCAGGAAAUUUUAGGUGGGCAGCUUGGAUCAUCCCUAAUUAAAGAUGGUAAUCCAUUGGCAUUGCAUUAUGUUAUGUACAUACCUACGCUCAUGGGACAGGGAACCUACCAACAGCAAGCAGAAUGGAUUCAAAAGGCGUGGAACUGUACAAUGAUUGGAACAUAUGCUCAAACGGAGCUUGGUCAUGGCACUUUUAUAAGAGGCUUAGAAACUACAGCGACAUACGACCAAGAGACUGAAGAAUUUAUUAUAAACAGCCCUACACUGACGUCGUACAAGUGGUGGCCAGGAGGAUUGGGUCAGACUGCGAAUUACGCGAUUGUUGUGGCACAGCUCAACACUUUAGGGAAAUGCUAUGGUAUUCAUCCUUUCAUUGUACAAUUGAGAGAUGAAGAAACGCACCAGCCUCUUCCGGGAGUAAAGAUAGGUGAAAUCGGAUGUAAAAUGGGGAUGAAUACGACAAAUAAUGGAUAUUUGGGCUUUGAAAAUGUUCGAAUACCUAGAAAUCAAAUGCUAAUGAAAAAUAAUAAAGUGCUUAAGGAUGGAACGUAUGUAGAAUCGCCUAGUAGUAAAUUAACUUAUGGUACCAUGAUGUUCGUAAGAGUAGUGUUAGUCCAGGAUGUUGCUAAUUAUCUUAAAAAGGCAGUAACCAUAGCUGUUCGUUACAGUUGUGUAAGAAGACAAUCACAGCCGAAACCUGAUGAACCGGAACCUCAGAUAAUAGACUAUGUAACGCAACAGCAUAAAUUAUUUCCAAUCAUUUCUACAUACUUCGCUUUCCAUUAUUGUGCAGAAUGGCUUUGGGAUAUGUAUAAUAAUGUUAACUCUCAACUGGAAGCAGGACAAUUAAGUCAGCUUCCUGAAUUGCAUGCCCUUGCUUGUUGUCUAAAAGCUGUUAGCACAAGUGAUUGUUCAGCAGGAGUGGAGACAUGUCGAUUGGCAUGUGGGGGACAUGGUUAUAUGACUAGUUCUAAUUUUCCAUCCACGUACGGUUUAGUAACAGCUAUGUGUACUUAUGAAGGUGAAAAUACAGUAUUGUUACUUCAAACAGCGCGUUACCUAAUGAAAUCUUGGCAAAACAAAGUAGAAGGAAUACAGUUGACUCCCACCGUCCUAUACUUACAAUCUGCACAGGCCUCAAAUAUAGUGUACAACCGUAACAUUGAUUGGAUUAUUACCGUAAUGGAACAAGUGGCUGCUGGCAAAGUAGAACUUGCAUGGACCCAUAUGAAUGAACGUAUUAAAAAAGGAUUAGGUGCGGAAGAUGCAUGGAAUCACACAUCUAUAGAAUUGGCAGCAUGCGCGGAGGCACAUUGUCGAGCCUUUGUCGUUCGCACAUUUUACUCCGAAAUAAUGAGACUUAAAUACACGAUAUCCGAACCUCUCAGAAUUGUUCUGUUGCAGCUAUUAGAUCUGUAUGGAGUAACAACUGCGUUAAAAUGUCUAGGAGAUUUAUUAAGGUUUUCUGGCACCACUGGUAGUGACAUAGAAAACCUCCAACAAUGGUUAGAAGAACUUCUUUCUGCAAUUAGGCCAAAUGCUGUUUCAAUUGUGGACAGCUUCGAUAUAAGGGACGAAGUUCUGUCAUCUGCUUUGGGCGCUUAUGAUGGAAACGUUUAUGAAAGAUUAUUUGCAGAAGCUACAAAGAGUCCUUUAAAUGCUGAGCCGGUUAACAAAUCAUUCCGUCAACAUUUAAAACCGUUCUUGAAAUCACAAUUAUAAACUCAUAAAGGAUGUACGAGAAACAUCACAUUUUAGAUAUGUCUAAUCACAAAAUGAUUUCAAAUUCUGUUAUUUAUUUUAAUACUCUUUACCAUGACCUGAUUUUGUGAACGUUAUGUUAGUAGUAGUAGUAGUAGUUAGAUCAGGGUAAAUAUGAUGCAUUCCAUUUGAUGUAAGUUCGGUAGUUCCAAAUUGUUUCUUCCCUGUAGCGAUAAGUAGUUGAAUUUUUGUUGUUGUACUACUCCCAAUAUUGAACGGGUAAACUUACUGUUGUCAUCACAUUUGAUACUAAUUUUUCUAUUGGUGUAUAUUUUAUAGUAUAUUAUAUAUGGAUGUUUACUA